AUGAACAACUCUACAGUAAACAUCAGCACAUCUGCAAACUCCACAUCUUCAUCUGAGGUGUCAUUAGGCAUUCUAGAGAUUUGUGUGUACAGCAUCAAUUUCCUGUUGGGUUUUCCUACACACUUCUUCAUUAUAUAUCUCAUCAUCACAGGACGAGGAAGUGGAUUCGCAUCAGACUUCUUCCAUCUCAAUCUCUCAAUUUGUGAGAUUGGUAGUUCUCUGUAUUGUUUGUUUGCUGUCCUGUCACGUUUUGUGCCAGGUUUUGUAAUAUUAAGUUUUUUAUUUGGACUACUCCUCACCGGUCGUCCUCUGUUUCAAUGUCUGAUCUGUGUCGAGCGUUACCUGGCUGUGGUUCAUCCUGUAACCUUUCUGAAGUACAAACCUCUCAGAUAUAAAGUCAUCUGUUGCACUGCUGCAUGGCUUAUAUGUUGUGGCUCCUGUUCAUUCUGCAUGUAUAUAUUUAUGGUACGUAAUACAAAGGAAUAUAGAUGGUUUGUCUCUGUGCAGUUCCUCGUCUUUCUCUCCAUUCAGUUGUUUUGUGGUUUGGCUGUUCUCAGAGCUCUGAAGCAGUCAGGACCAGGAGAGAGAGGAAGAGAGAGAGAGGAGGAAAACCACAUGAAGAAAAAAGCAUUUCAUCUCAUUCUUAUAACUACUGUGAACAUGAUAAUCAUUUAUGUUCCAUUCACUUUUGCAUUAUUUGUUAGCAUGAGAUUUGGGUUGCAUGUCUGCUUCUGCUCUAAAUGA